ACAUAACAAACAAAUUACAAAAUUUUCUUCUUGCUCAUUUCUUUUUGUUGUUUUGAUCAUCACUGAUCAUGAGUAGAAAGAAGGUGAAACUUCAAUACAUAAUCAAUCAAUCUAGUAGGAAGGCAUCCUACAACAAAAGGAAAACAUGUUUAUUGAAAAAGGUUAAGGAAAUCAGCAUCCUUUGUGGGAUAGAAGCAUGUGUCAUAAUCUAUGGUGAAAACAGUGUUGAACCAGAGGUUUGCCCACCUAGUCCUGGAACACUAAAUGUGGUACUCAAGUUCCGCAGUGUUCCUGAAUUCGAACGAUACAAAAAGACUAUGGAUUUGGAAGGUUUCUUGAGGCAAAGCAUAGAGAAAUCCCAGGAGCAGUUGAGAAAACAAAUUUUGGAGAACAAGAAGAAAAGAUUUAUCAAUUUAAUUGAUAUAGCCCUUUUCAAUAAACAUAACAAUACUGAUCUUGUGAACAUAAAUGAAGUCAAUGAUCUUGUGAACAUGAGUGAACUCAAUGAUCUGACGGAAUUUAUUGAUAGCAAUAUCAAGGAAGUUGAAAAAAAGUUGAAUUCAGUGAAUGUUGAAGCCGAUGAGUAUGUUGGUAAUGGAAUUGAAGCUAUGACUGGAAUAGAGCAGCAAUAUAAUAUUGGAAAUGCACAAGGUGUGAUGAAUGGAGGAAAUAUGCAAGCUGAUGUCCAUGGUUUGGAUACGAACAUGGGUUUUGGGAUCCAAAGUGAUUAUCAAUAUCUUUCAUGGGACUACUCCAUCAUACCAUAUCAUGAUUAUAAUAUGGACAGAGAUGAUGUUUGAUCUAGCUAGUUCAUAUCUUUCUUGUUUUGUGUGUCUUUCAGUGUCUUUGUAUGGUGUUUUUUUUCAAUUAAUGUCUCUUUUAUUUGUGUUUGUUUGUUUGAGUCAAUGUGUGAUCGUGUCUUAUGUUAGCUUUCACAGUGAUCAUGAUUAAAACAUGAUCAUCAAUAGAAUAAUAGUGGUUUAAUUUGUGUUUU